UUCUCCUCCUUCUUUUUCAUAUAUUAUAAAUUGGACAGUCUUCUUUUUUAUAAUGACGAUUCAUAGUAAAGAAGACUCUUCUGCAGAUGUGGAUGCUAUUCAGGUUUAUAGUGCAAAAGAGUUGGACCAUGAAUUCUCAGAGAUGCUUAAAUAUUAUCAUGACAAAGAAACAGAAUUCAACUGGGAGGCAAGAGAGAGAUCUAUUACACGUAUAAGAGGAAUACUUCGAGGAAAUGCUCCAGAGGCCUAUUUGGACGUCCUUGUUCAAGGCAUAAAGCAUAUGAUAGACGGCAUUAUUAAGGCUGUUGAAAGUUUACGUACACAGCUUGCAAUCAAAGCACUUUUAUUAGUUGGAGACAUUGGCAUCUAUAUCGGCAAACACCUUGAUGCUUAUAUUUAUGAUCAACUGCUGAUGUGUAUGAUGCGGUGUGCUGGUAUCACUAAGAAGAUGGUUGCAACAGCAUCAAUGCAAGCAACCAUUACUUUCUUAAGGUAUACUUCAUUUUAUCCUAAAUGCGUCAAUAUGUUCUCUAUGGCCAUGAAUGACAAGAACACACAGGUGCGAUUGUUUACAGUACACUACAUCAAAACUUUACUGCAAACGCACGCACAUCGAGAUCAUACCCGGAAUAUCAUGGAUAAGACAAGUUGCACCGACCAGUUUGAGGCUCUUAUCAACAAAGGAUUAAAUGAUGCCACACCGUCUGUUAGAGAAAUAUGCAGAGAAGCAUUUUGGAUAUUUUGGGAGCAUUGGAGGGAUCGAGGAGAACAUUUACUCAAGCAAUUACCCCCAACUGCCCAAAAACAACUCGAGAAAUCAAAGAUUAGCAACAAUAAACCAGUGAGGACUAUCAAUAGCCCUACCAACUCAAGCGGCUCUUUAAGAGCCUCUAGCUCCCUUGGCCGUCAUGAUUUAGCCAUCUCUCCUUCAAACUCUACGCUUUCAAAUGGAUCAACUGGUUCUGACCACCACCCUGUGCCACUCAAGAGUUCUCUUUCCCGUCGAAGCGGCUCUCCACACCUCUAUCGAUACGGCUCACCACCAGCAAUGCCUUCUCAACUCCACAGCUCCCCCUCACCUCCACCCACAUCAUCUCCGCCGGUACGAAAGACGCGCGUGCCAGCACUCAACAGAAAAAAAUCGGCUGUAGCUCUAGGCACGAGCGCCAAACGAAAGGCCCCCAACUUUUAUACUCUUUUGCAUAGCGAAGACUUUAGCAUGCGUAUAGACGGCAUUCACCAACUUGCCAAGAAACUGAGCGCCUAUCCAUACUCAACCCAACCGGAGCUUGACCAGAUCCAAAUAGAGACGACACCUACGACCCACGUUGAUGGCGAGACGCUCAAGGGCAUCGUGCUCCAGCAAUUCGAGGACCCGUUUCAUUUCUUGAUCUAUGAAACUCUGUCUAGCUGGGAAUGUGUGACCUGCGUGAUGCUCAGAUUACUGACCUUUGAAGAAUACAUACCUAGACUCAUUCUCGAUGCACACAUUGACGAACCGGCUCGUCGCAACGAGGUUGAUCUCGUGAGAUACAAGGAAGGCAAGCUCGCCCUGAAGCGUGCCAAACUUUUUCUGCAGCAUGAACAUCCUGGUUUAGUCGACUUGAUCUUUACGAGUCUUUUGCAGUUUGGAGGAUUUGGUGCGGCAACACCAAGAAUACAGACACUGGGUGCUCGAAAGGAUAUCUUCAAGUUACCUGCAAACAGACGUAAACUGACCAAAGAGUUUAUCGUGUGGAUGGAUGAGUUGGUGGUUCCAAUGAUUGGUCUUGAAGAACCGAUUGACUUGGCGGACCCUAGCUAUGAAGGUAUACCUGAACAGUACAUUCAUUCGGAUCAUAGCACAGCCACUCGAUGGUUCGAAUCCGAUAUAAAUAUUCGACAUUGCCUAGAUAUCCUCUUGCCACUCGUAACAGCUCACAGCUCCGGGUCACUCUGGCAUGGUCCUUUGAUCACUUUUAUGAAGCACCUCAGAUUGUUGAACCAGAGGCUAUUCGAUUCCAUCACGGCUAGUUAUGAUGAGAAUACAAUGAAUAAGAUCUGUCGAGUGCUUGGUAUUCAUAUUCGCAUUGAGCCUACCAUGGUUGCGCCCUCUGUUGAGCAAGAAGAAGAGCAGCUUCAGAUUGAAAAGAAAUUAGAUAGUGUUGAUCAAAUCGCUGAGGCAAAGGACGAGCUCCCAGCAGCGUUUGUUCCUGUACCAGAGAUUAUUACUCCCAGAGAACACGAGCAAAUUGUACCUGUACAACGAGAGGAAUAUACGCCAAUACAAGGAGAAAAGAAGGAUCAGCCUUCUUUUGUUAAUACAUAUGAUGAACCGUUGGAGCAACCGUCUGAAGAACAGCAGGAAUAUGAGCCGCCUAAAGAAGUACAACCAAUUUACACUGAAAAGCCCGUAGUAAUGGACGCAUACUCACCCAGUGAAGAAGAACAGCAGAAGACACCUGAGUUUUCUGAUGUAGUCUAUAGCAAUAAACCGCUCAAGGUCGAACCAAAAGCACCUGAUCUAGCAGAAGUUAUGUAUGAUAAACGACUAGAAGAAGAGGAACAAGGUCGAUUGAAGUCACCUAUUCCUGAUUAUUUCCAAUCCAACAUGAUACCUCCUUUAGCAUCCAACUUUUCUCCGAAUACAGUCAUGGAAAACGGCUUUUAUGCCAAUGGAGAUGCUGGAGGAAUACUGUAUACAAAUCAUGCAUCGACUGAACGGUCAACACCUAUUGCAGAAAUGAGCGCAUCCCCUCAACAACAACCACUGGAACAACCUCCAGGCGUGAGUCAACUGCAGCCGAGUGAGCCAAAUAAGGAAAAGUACCCAGAACCUCAAUUUGUACCAUUUUUCCAUCCUGAGAAAGUCAGUUACUCCUGCCCAGUGUUCGAAUCAAACACAAGAUCGACAACAACGGUAUCUGUACGCGGAGGCAAAGACAAGACGGUACUGCUCUAUGCUCUCAUUGAUAAAUUGAAAUCUUUAUCAAACAAUAUGUCAGAUAAUAUCAAUACGUUUAGAAAACUGACAAGGUUACUAAAGGAAGUACCUAUCCGAAGACGAUGGGAUCAAGGGGGCAACGAAGAGACCGGGAACGAAACGUGGGCAGGAGGAAAUGGGGAUGGAGGUAAUUUUGUGGAACUAGUGCAGAGUAUCUUGUUACACUUGGAACAACCACCAAGUAGAUGCAUGACAAGUGCGUUAGAGUGCAUACGACAGUUGGCUAUGACGCAAUCUGGAUUAUUCAAAUUUUAUGAACGCAAGUCCAACAGUAAAGGCAUGACAUUAGAAUCACAACUGAUGGAGAAGUUGUUAGAGUUGAGAUCCGAUGAGAAUCCUACGAUUUGUAUCGCUGCAGAAGAUGCUUUAGAUGCAGUCUUGAGCACGCUGACGCCACCUACAGCAUUUGAAAUGUUGAUGGCCUUUGUUGUUUACAGGUCUGUGAUUGCUCCUUAUGAUGAAAAUUCUAUAUCUGGUAGUCGAUACCACCCUGUUGGUACUGCAUUUACUUAUAUUGCAAAAUGGGUUAAAGAGCUGAAUGAUGUGUUUUACAUUGAAGAAUGGAUGGCUAAGGGGGCUGUCAAUGCUUUUUUCAAGGGAAUGAAUAGCUCUUUGGUCAACAUUCGUAAAUCGUGCGUAGAAGCAAUUGUCGCCUUUCAUGAAGUGGUGAAUGAUGACAUUUAUCUUUAUUUGGUUGACUUGAGAGAAGAUCAGUCCAAUUUAAUAAGACACUAUGUGGCCAAAUCCUUAAAAAAGAAAGCAAGUCUUCGAAGCAUAAGGGAAGCACACCAAUAUCUAUAAUUCUAUACCCUUUUCUUGAUCCAUACCACAUACACACACACAUUUAUAUAUAAAAAAGAAUAACUGUGGAAAUUACCAACAAUACGACUUGUUAGUGAUCACCCUUUUUAUUAUUAUUAUUAU